AUGGUGGAGGGAAACCACAGCUCUAUAACAGAGUUUUUCAUCAUAGGAUUUCCUGGACUACAUCCCAGUUACGACAGCCUAAUUGCCACUAUUUGUUUCUUGGUCUAUUUCUUUGCUUUAGUGGGAAAUACAAUCUUCCUAGUCCUGUUUGUAACAGACCGGAACCUGCACAAACCCAUGUAUUUCAUUAUCUUACACUUAGUUGUGUCUGAUGUGCUGUACAGUAGCAUCACUUUGCCAAAGAUCAUCGCCAGGUAUUGGUUUCAGGCAGGAACCAUUUCAUUCACUGCUUGCUUUCUGCAGAUGUACUUCAUACAUUUUUUUGGAACAUUAAAUGCCUUCAUACUACUAAUUAUGGCACUGGACAGGUUUGUGGCAGUUUGUUUCCCUCUCAGAUAUUCCACAGUUAUGACAAAUUCCACUAUUUUGAUUCUCAGCAUCGCUUCAUGUGUGGUGGCCACAAGCUUCUCGCUGAUGAUGGUAAUAAGAGCAUACCCCUUGCCAUACUGUAAGUCCAAAGCAAUCAUUCAGUGUUACUGUGAUCAUGGUUCAGUCACAGCACUGGCGUGUAUUGACAGAUCUGCUUAUGUUUUUCCAGCUUUAGUUUUUGCUAUGGUUGUGCUAUUGUCACCUUUGGCUUUCAUCAUAUUCUCUUAUUGUGCCAUAAUUGUGGCAGUCUUUAAAAUUGCUAGCACUCAGGGUCGCCUCAAAACCCUUUCCACCUGUAGCCCCCAACUUAUCAUAAUUGCCCUCUACUUUGUCCCUCGGUGUUUUGUUAUUUUGGCAAGUAACGUGGGAGUUACAUUCAGCACCGAUUUGCGCAUCGCCAUAAUCAUGUUAUACAGUCUGCUACCUCCAAUGGUCAAUCCACUCAUUUACUGCUUAAGGACUAAAGAAGUGAAGGAAAGUUUGAGCAAAAGAUUCAAGAGAACAGUGCACAUAUGA